AUGGUCAGCACGUCAACAAAGAAGACUAAGACUGAUACUGCUGUUGCUGCAGUCCCAGCGACUAAGACAGACAAGCCCGCAAAGGCUGCUCCAAAGGCUGCUGUCACACCCAAGGAUAAGGACACUAAACAAACAGUUGCAGCAAAGACAAACGACAACAACGACAAGAAGGUUGGUGACAAGCCUGCCAAGCAAUCACAGAAGCCAAAGACUGCCACUACAGCUGCAGCCACACCAGCAGCCACAGCUACAACUACGACAACUACCACCACCACAGACAACAAGAACGAGAAGACAACAAAGCAAAAGCCACGUCAAGAGAAGACAAAGGCAAAGGCUGGACCAAAGAAAGAUAAGACAAAGACUGUUCCCGAGACAAAGAAGGAGAAUGGCACUGCUGCUGCUGUUGCUGUCGAGGCACCAGCCACAACUCCAGCCAUAAGCGACGUACAAGACAUAUAUAACAAAGCUUCAAAGUUAUACACCGACAGAUGCGAGUCAUACUUGAGAGAUUUCAAGAAGAGAGGCAACAAGGAUGAUCAAUGGAGAGAGAAGUUGCAACAUACUGGUACCACUAAUGAUAGAGUGUCUUCGAUUACAUUGUUGAUCCAACAGGCCCCAAUGUUCAGACUCAGCAGUCUUGACAUCCUGUUGACAUUGGUACAAAAGAAGUCACAACGUGAGCGUGAGCUCGCCCUGACCACACUCAAGGAUCUGUUCGUUGGCUCACUGCUGCCGGACAACAAGCUGAAACGUUUCAUCGAUCGCAAGCCAGUACCAAAGGAUGCAGAGGAUGAUGAUCUGGUUCAAUGGUUCUUCGAAGACUUGCUAAAGUCGCGCUAUACUAUGUUCAUCCAGACUUUGGAGAAGCUGGCACGUGACACUGAUGCCAAGGUCAGGAUCAAGGCCGUGCAGGUCAUCCAUACAUUGUUGAUCAAGAAGCCCGAGCAGGAGGACGUACUUCUAGCACUGCUGGUCAACAAGCUGGGAGACAACGAGCGCAAGAACGCAUCAAAGGUGCCCGAGCUUAUGGGCGAGGUGCUUCGCGAGCAUCCAGGCAUGAAGUUGGUGGUCGUCAAGGAGGUCGAGCAGUUCUUGUAUCGUUCCAACGUGUCUCACAUCUCACAGUUCAACGCCAUGAGACUGCUGGCCAACAUCCAUCUUAGUGAGGAGGAGGAGGCCGACAAGGAGGUCGCGGCCAAGCUCAUCUCCAUCUAUCUCAUGUACUUCAACCUGUUGGUUACCAAGCGUCAGAUCAACUCCACCAUCAUUGCCACCAUCUUGCGUGGCAUCCGUAAGGUCAUCACCCUGACCAGCAUCCCCAUCGCCCAAUUCGAGGACCAACUCGACUCAAUCUUCAUGGUCAGCCAUCAUGCCUCACUCAACAAGGCCAUCAUGACUCUGGCACUCAUAUACGAGAUGAAGAAGACCAAUGAGAACAUCUCGGACAGGUAUUACAAGGCGUUGUAUGAGCUGAUGUCGAGGAGGGAGUUCAUUGGACAGUUUGAUCAGACACCCUUGAUCAAUUUGUUGUACAAGUCAAUCAAGAAUGAUUCGAACAAUGCACGAUCAAUGGCGUUGAUCAAGAGAACAUUGCAGUUUGCCAGUCUUCAAAAGACUUCAUUCGUCGUUGGAACUCUGUUACUCGUCUCUACAUUGGUACAACAUAAUCAAGAGUUGGGUAAUUUGAUCUCAAAGCCUGCAACUGCCACUACCAAGACCGAGGGUGAGGAUAAUGCUGACAGCAAGAAUAGUUACGAUCCAAUCAAGCGUGAUCCACAGUUUGCCAACGCAGACACCUCAUGUCUUUGGGAGUUGAACAUGCUCAAAGAUCACUUCAAUCCAUCCGUCCAGAUCUUUUCCGAGACCCUUCUCAAGAGGCAGCCAAUCUCAUUCAAGGGCAAUCCAUCUGUCACCUUCACUCUGCCAGCCUUCCUCGAGAAGUUUGUCGUUUCCAACCCAUCAAACAAGGUCAAGUCAAAUGGUGGAUUGACGAUCACUGAUGCUAGCAAGCAGGUGGUGAGCAAGUUCAAGGAUGCUUUGCCGGAUGAUCAGUACUUUAGGAUGUAUCAUGAUGGUGCUCCAGCCAAUCCAGUCGGACUCAAGACCAAGAGAAAGGGUUUCGUUGAUGAUGAGGACGAGUUUGAGCAAGCCCUCAGGGGUGCCAUGGCUGGUAUGGAAGGUGGUCGUCCAGUCGAGACCUUUGCCGGCGAAGAAGAAGAGCACGAGGAGAGUGAUAUUGAUGGAGAGUACAGCUAUUCAGAUUUGGAGGCUGAUGACUUUGAGGAGGAUGAGGAGACAUUCACUGGCGAGGCCAAGAAGAAGAAGAGAACUGCACCUGGAGAGGUCGACGAGGAUGAUGGAGACGAUGAUGAUAUUGAUGAUGACCUCGAGGACGAUGAUGAGUUGGUCGAGGAGGAAGAUGACGACGAAAUGAUCGAUCAUCCAGAUAUGCUCAUGGAUGGAGAGGACGAUGAUGAGAUCGAUGGUGAUGGCCUCGUGGACGACGAUGAGGAUGACGACAUGGAGUUGCCAGACUUUGACGAGGACGACCUGGUCGAUGACGACGAGAUUGAGGACGACGAAGAGGAAAAAGGAAGAGCAGGAAAGAAGAGAAAGUCAACAUUCAUGGAUGCCGAGGAGUUUGAAAGGAUGCUUGAGAGCCAUCAACCAGCCAAGGAGCAAUGGGACGGCAGUGCAAAGUUUAAGGGUAGAGGAGGAAGAGGAGGCAGGUCACCAAGUCGUGGCGGAAGUCGCGGCAGAGGUGGUGGCAGAGGUGGCAGUGGCAGAGGUGGCAAGGGCAUGGACAAGAAGAGGAAGAGAUAA